ACAUUCACAGAACCUAGGAGAACAUAUACAACCAUAGAACCAUUGGGAUACAAUAUUCUAUGGAAACAAAUGGUGCGCAGCCAAAAACACUGAUAUAUUGAUAACAUACACCAGAAGGGCGGUAAUAAUGUUUCCUAGUGUAUAGCUGCAACAACGUCAGUAGUAUAGCAACGACGUUACUAGCGACGACGGCUUUUGUAACAUAGCAGCCAGCCUGCCAGCGGACGGUGGCGGUAUACAAACAUUCUCACACAUACCACUGACAACGAUGUAAUACGACGAGAAAAGGACGCUGUAGUAUAUGUAUAUUCAUGAGAGAGGCGGUUGCUGUAUGUACCAAGACCGUACUACUUACACCAAAGCAACGUCAGAGCGUCGUACAACGAACAUAACAUUCAAUUUUCCAUCACCGACCGCAUUGUUUUAUUUUUAUUAUUAUUUAUUAAAUCGUCAUCUUCAUAACCAUAUAGUGCACACACUAUUUUUUUAUAUUAAAUAUGUUUCAUACCGCGACUAACUAAAAGUUUUUGUAACAGCAGUUUAGCCGCAAGGAAAAACGUAGUGUUGAGUGAUUUUUUUUUAAGUGAAACUUUUUCCUGUGUUUAUUUGUGUGUGUGAAGUGAUUUUUCUCAAUGAUAAAUGAAAAUUGUAUGAAUUAAAACAUUGAGACUUUAGAUUGAACCAAAAAAUAGUGGUAUUUGGUUCUGGGCAAUGAGCACACGAGAAGUAAUUUUGGAUGGUGGAUCACCUUGGGGUUUUCGUAUGCAUGGUGGAUCUGAUCAUAAUCAACCGUUACGGAUAUCUAGAGUAAAUCCUGGUAGUAAAGCCGCAUUAAAAGGUGUACGUGAAGGUGAUUUAAUAUCAUCAAUUAAUGGUCGUUCAACAAAAUCAAUAACAAACGCUGAAGCACACGCAUUAUUACGUAAUAGUGGUGAUUCUUUAAAAUUAGGAUUAAAUGAAAAUUAUAUUGGAUCACCUAAACGUAGAAAUUUAAAGUUAGGACAAGAUAGCGCGGAUAAUAGUCGACGAGAAAGCUUAACUAGUGUUGAUAGUUUAUCACAAGAAAAAAAUUCUACCUCGCAGAACGGAUAUACUUCGAAACACACUUCACUCGACUCUGAAAACAAGGCCAUCACAGAAAAAUUAUUAAAUUACAAUAAUAAUCGCGAACAUUCAUCAUCUACAACAACAUCAGAAUUUAACAAAUUUUCCACAUCAGAUCAUUGCGGCGCUGCUGUUACAUCUACAACAACUACCACAUCACAAUUAAUAAAUUCGUCACGUGUGUCGCGGUUAAUUGAUCAACAAAAAACAAUGGCUGAUAAUACGAAUACGAACAAUUCGAUUGUAAACGAAAGUGAUAAACAAAGUGAUAAAAAAUUAACACGAAAUCAACGUAAACGUUUAAAUAAAAAAUUAAAUAAACAAGCAUCAACAAACAGUUCAUCAUUUGAUUCAACCGCAUCAACAACACCUAGUUCAUCAUCGUCAACAAUAUGUGAAGUUUUAUCAACAGAACAAAUUAAUUCUGAUACCGAAAACAAUUGUAAUUAUCGUGUUGAUUCACCACCAACAAUUUCAACAGAUAGUACGAAAAAGGCUACGAAGAAAAUGGCUAAAUCACGUAGUUUAGAUGAUGAUGAUAAUUUUUCACCAGGACAAAUUCAAAUUACUGAAAUUACAACUGAAGAUGAAUCAACUGACGUGAAUACAGCCCUCAUAUCAGAUACUGAAGAAGAUGUUGAAUGGGAAACAACAACUGAAUUACGCAUCCCAAAGAAUACACUUUCUACGACUGGAUCAUUUAAUGCAAUUGCAAUGAAUUUAGAUGAACCUAAAAAACGUUGUUUAACCGCUGAAGAGGAAGCAAAUUUCAGAGAAUUUUUAAAAGAAUUUAGUAAACAAUAUACAGAAAUACCAGAAUUUAAUGAUGGAAAAAUUUGUUAUAAAAGUGUUGAAAAUUUAUUAUCACCAGAUAGUAUAAAUGAACGUCGUGCCCGUAAACGAGCUAUGUUGGAAUCAUAUUUUGUGCCUACUUAUCAAAAUCCACGAUUUUUGGAUAUAAUACAUGAGGAAGGUAGUAUUAGUGAUUUAAGUGACAAGGAAGCUUCUGAUCAGAAAUUACGUAAAAUCCAAAAAUCACAAUUAUCAUUGGAUGAUAUACCGUGGAUAGAUGAUUGGGGUGAUUAUUCGGAGGAUGAUGUUUUCAUGGAUGAAACUCAACCAAAAUUAGUUGAGGCAAAAUUUGUGACUAUUGAUGAAUGUCAAUCAAGUAAUUGGAAAAUGGAUCGUGUACAAUCUCCAAAAGAUGAAAAUAUUGAAGUCGUGUUUAUAAAUGAUACUGAUUCGGAAACGUCACAUGCUGAUGAUGCAGAUGAUGAAUGUAGCCGAGAGGAUGUUUUAGAUGGAAAGUCAACUACAGAGCCUGCACAAAUUUCAAAAGGUGCUAUCCCAAAAACUACGAAGCAAAAUAAGUCAACUAAACAAGAGCAUACAGAAAUAAAUAAUAAUAAGCAAAUGUCAAACAAAAGUACUUCGGAAACAAAUUUGAUUAACAAUUCUAGUCAACGCGUACAAACAUCAAGUCAAAAAAUUGUAGAUUCUAGUCAAAGAUAUAAUGUUUCUAAGGAAGCAACAUCAAAACUUUUGACAGAGGAAAGAAAAAGUAAUGAAAUUAAAGAAAGUCCCAAGAUUGAAAUACAAAAAUCAAAACAAAAAAUUCAACAGCAAUGUAAAACUGAUAAAAAAACACAAAGUAAACAAAGCUUAACUGAAACAACUGUUAAAAAUUCACAAAGCCAGAAAGUUGUUGAGCAAAAAGUAUUAAAACAAGAAAUAAGUGGAAAAGAAACCAAAUCCAAACUUGGAAUGGAAAGAAGCUCAGAACGAGUAGAAGCCACUAAAGUACCGGAGCCUGUGAAAGCCGACAAAUCUAUUGCUAAAGAUCAAUUAAGUAAAGAAAUUUCAAAAACAAAAAUAGAAUCAGAAAUUCAGAAAGUAAAUAUCCAAACGUCAAAAACUACUCCGAAACAACGCGUGGUUGAAAUUCAAAUAAAUAAAUCUUUGAAACGUCAAGAUAAUAAUGCCGAAUCAGGAUUGGUGGAAAAAAUUUCAGACCAUCAAAUGGAAACUGAAUCAGAGAAAAUUAACUUAGAAAAUAACAAUAUAAAAUCCACAACAACAGAAGAAAAAUCAAAGAAAAUUGUUCUUGAAAAUGAACCAAUUCAUAAAACUCAAGAAUCUAAAAUGGAAACAGAGGAACAGAAAAUCAAAAUUUUAGCAGACAAUUCUACAGCUUCAGCUAAAACUAUUUCCAAGGAUCAAUUCACUAAAGAAGUUGCAAAUGCUGAAUUGAAGACAGAAGUCGAUAAAUUGACAACGGAUAAAACGUCUCCAAUUGAACGCAUAAUUGAUAUUAAGGUUGAACAGCCUUCAAGUGAAUGCAAAAAUGAACCUAAAAAUUCAUCAAGAGACAUUAAUGAAUCAAAAUCAAAAACUACUGCUAAAACUAAAAAAAUGGUUUCCACUCCCACAAAACGUAUUGUAGAAAUACAAUUCGAAAAAUCUCAAGAAGUCACAGAAACUGAAAUUAAAAAUAAUAUCGAAACUACGACUCCGAUAGAGAAAACAAUUGAAAUUCAAAUAGAAAAAUCUGGAAGUCUUCCCAAAAGUCAACCUACAAAACGUACGCAUAAUACUGAAACAGAAAUUGAGUCAAAAAUUAAAAAAAUUGAGAGUAGCAAUACACAACCAAUCGAGAAAAUUCUAAAAAUUGAAGUAGCAAAAACAACUACUUCCAGAGAAAUUCUUCCAAAGACUCAAUUUAAUUCCAAAACAUUUGAGAGCAAAAUUCAAAAAUCAGAACAAUCAGUUGAAACUAAAGUAGAAAAAGAAGCAUCACAGUCGAAUAACAUAAAUCCAACUGAGAGAUUGAUUAAAGUUGAAUUAGAAAACAGUGCAAAAGAUCAGACAAAAUGUCAAACCAAUUCUCAAACUUUAAAUGAAAAUGUUAAUAUUAUCAACGUAAAAUUCGAAAAUUCAAAACAGAACAAAUCAAAAUCAAAAGGUAAAAAUGAAAAUAAAAAUGUGGAUAGUAAAGUUCAAGAACAUGUCAUAGAAAUUUCUUCAGAUAAAUUCAAUCAAAUUAAACAAGAUUUUGUCAAACAAUCUUCUACUGAAACAGAACGCAUCAUCGAAGUGAAAAUAGAUAACACCAGUGAGAAACAAGCAUCUAAAAUUGAAAAGAAAUCUGAACAAAUGUCACUCCAAUCUGAAUCAAAACAAAAAUCUGAUUCUUUAGGUAAAGGAACCAUUGAAUUUGAAAAGUCUAGUCAAAGUAAUUUACAAUGCGUAACCGAUAUAAAGCAUGCAGUUGAAGUAGAACAUGGAAAUUCGAAAAAAUUAUCUAGUCAAAAGAGCGUCGAAACUAUAAUACCAAUUGAGCGUGAAAUUGACGUCAAAAUGGAAAAAACUAUGAAAAAUAAUGGAACAGUUCAAAAACCAUUAAUAUGCGAUACACUUAGUGACAGCCGUAAUAAAGGAAAAAAUAAAAAACAGACUGGAAAACAAAAUGAGCCAAAAUCACCUCCAGAACGAAAAAUUGAUAUUAAACAGGAAAAUUCAAGUAAAAAAACUGAAUCGAAAUCAUCUGCAGAACGUAAAAUCGAUAUUAAACGUGAAAGUUCUACUAAGCUAACUGCACCAAAUUCACCUCCAGAACGAAAAGUUGAUGUAAAUUUUGAAAAUUCUAGUAAAAAAACUGAGCCAAAAUCACCUGUGGGAAUUAAAAUUGAUAUCAAAUUUGAAAAUUCUAGUAAAAAAAAUGGUAAAUCCAAUAAAAAUAUAGAAAAUCCUUUAAUUUGCGAGACACUUAGUACUAGUCAAAGUAGUAGCUUUGUGGAAACAAAAUUAGACAAUUUUUCAUCAAAAACAGAAAUUUCAAACUUUACAGUCGAUACAAAAUCAACCAAUGAUGUUACUUCAAAAAAUCCAAAUAGCAAAUCUCAACAACCUAGCCCCACCAAAGAACGCAUUAUAGAAGUAAAACUCGAAAAUUCAUCUGAAGAAAGUAAAACGAAACCCGUACCAAAAUCACCACCAGAACGUAAAAUAGAUAUCAAAUUAGAAAACUGUACUAAAAAAAAUGAGAAAUCAAAAAAAACUUUGGAAAACCCUUUGAUUUGUGAGACGCUUAGUGCAGAUCAGAGUAGUAGUUUUUUGGAAACGAAAUUUGAAAAUUUUACACCGAAAAAAGAAGAAAUUUCUAAAUCAACAGAGCAUAAACCAAUUUUUAGCCCUUCAGAACGCAUUAUUGAGAUAGCUUCUCAAAAACAUAGCACUGAAAUUAAUCAAUCUGGUCAAACUCCUAAACAAACCACAGAAAAUGAAAUAAAUUCUUUACCAAAAUCUCCAACAGCACGCCUGAUUAAUAUACAACUUGAAAAUGGUAAUAAAAAAACCGACGGAUUUGGGCAAAAAUUUGAAAAGCCAUUAAUUUGUGAUACACUAAGCAGAAAUGAGACCACUAAUUUUGUAAAGUCUGAAAAUUAUUCUUCAAUAAAAACGGAAGAGACUAAAUUAAUCGAAGAAACAAAACUCUUAUGCUCAGAUGAAACAAGAAAACCAAUGCCUAAUCAAACUGAACACAUUAUAGAGGUUAAAUUAGAAAAUUCACCUCCAAAAAAUAUUAAAGUGAAGUUAGAAAAUGCGGCAUCAGGUAAUCCACAUAAGAAAAAUGGAGAACCAAUUAAAGUAGAAAAUUUUAGUCGUCAAGAGAGUAAAGAACAUAUUGUUGAAAUAAAAUUAGAAAAUUCGGAAUGUACCAAUACCACAAACAUAAAAACAGAAAAUUUAAAACAACCAAAAUCUCCAGAACCAUGUCAAAAUGAACGAAUAAUAGAAAUACAACUAGAUAGUUCAAAAAACGAUGUUCCAAAACCUUGUACAACAAAAGAAUGUAAUAUUCCUGUGACAUUACAACCGACAAAGAUCCAAAAAAAUUCAGAAGAAGCUUUUAAUAUGUUGGAAGAAUCCCAUGAAACUAUUGAAGUUCAUGAAACACUACAUAAAAAAAUGAUCUACCCAACAAAGCAAUUUGAGGACGUAAAAUCGACAACUACUUCUACACAUCGAGAUAAAAUUGAACAUCAAAAAUCUUUAGAAAAUCCAUCGAUAAGUGGUAGUGAAAAAGUCAUUGAAGAAACAAACACAACCAAUACGAAAUUCGAAGAUACAACAAAAUCUACUGUUGACUUGGAAAAUUUUAAAUUUCCUUUUUUAACGCCACCACCAACACCAGAAAAUUCUGAUUCCAACAUUCUAGAUGAAAUCAACAGCGUCGAAUUUAGAAAUAAAAUAUUCAUUCGAAAAUUAUUAAAAUUAUUAUCAGAAUCUUCGUACACAAAACAGAAUAUUCAACAAAUUUAUGAUCUUUUACAAGAAGUUCCAGUCGAUCAGCUACCACAUGAAAUGCAGGAAAUUGUUAAAGAAUUACUUGCUUUAAAGAAAGAGACUGAAAUUCUAACUGAUCCAACAUUUGAGAAAGAAUUCGAAUCGAUAUUUAAAACAAUGAAAGAAUUAACACCACAACAAAAUUUAUCAUCACCUUCCAGGCCAGAAUCAUCAAAUAGUAUUGGUUCAUUUGGAUCGUCAAGUACAACCACAACAGCAAAAUAUAUUCCAACAAGUUCAUCGUUAACUGAUAUACAAUCGUUAAUUCAACAAGACGAAACAAAAAUAAUUUCAAAUCCAAAAUCUUUAAAAGAAAUUAGUUUAGAAACAAUAAAAUCAUUACCUUAUGGUAGUGACAUUUUACAAGAAUUAGCAAAUGUUUCAGACAUCAUUGAAACAAUGGCUGUAACUAAAGUAGAUGAUUCAUUUCAUAUCACGCCCAAUCAUAACAAAUCACCAAUUUUGAAUGAUGAUGACAAUACGUCCUCUUUCAUUCCAGAAAUGACGACUCCGCAACAACACAAAUGGCUUGGGCUACGUUCACAUGUUGAUCCAAAAUUAUUGGUGUGUUUAUCACCAUCACAACAAAACUACGCUCAACAUGCGAAACAAAUUAGCGCUGAUCGGCUGCUAGAUAUGCAUCAAAAAUUUAUUGAACGGCGUGGAUAUCAUGAACAACCGAAUAACAAUCGUUUAUUAUCGAUUAUCCGUAACGAAGAUAACUCUAAACCAGAAGUUAUUCCUCCAGCAGUCCCCGAACGCACAUAUCGAUAUACCAUCAAUCCAAAAUACUCAACAAUGCCUGCAAGAGUUCCACCUCCUAUUCCAGAAAUUGAUCAAGAACGUUUAAGUGCAACGAACUUACCUGAUUGGAUCAAUUUAGCACGAAAUCGUUGUAAAUCGGUUACUGAAUAUUCAACGAAUGUUGAUUUCAGCAAAAAUAAUUCGAAUACUCUUGUGAGUGAUGGUAAAUUAAAUUAUCAUACUUAUAAAAAAACUAUUAAAGAGUUGAAAAACAUCGAAGAAGAUGAAACUUUGGAACCACCGAAACGUCGAUUUUCAUUACCACAAGAAAUUCAUGAAAAACAAUUAAAAUAUAUAUUAGAGAAAGAAAGAGAAAUUGAACGAGAAAUUGCAGAUUUAGAAAACGAGAAACAACGUCUAGCAAAAGAACCCGAUCCACCCCAAUCACUUCCAGAAAUACGGUACUUAAAAAGACCCACAUCAAUGCCUACUGGUUGUACGGUUCAUGGAGAGUUUUUUCGUCAACAAAUGUAUGACGAAUAUUUAAAUAAAAUUGCUGAACGUGAGCAGAGAAAGCAGCAAAAAGUGAUAAAAUUAUCAUCAAAUAACGUCCAUGAAUUGUUAAACGAGGAUAAAUCCUCCUCAAAUGUUCUGGAUUUUAAACAAUUGGUAAAUAUUGAAAAUGAAUUUAUGACAAAGGUAAAACAACGUAAACAAAAUUUAGGUAUAAAAGAAUCAUCUCCUGAAUCCGAUGUAAACGAUUCUGAAUCGGAUUUAGAAUUAAAAAAUGAUUUAUUAAAAACAAUUUCCCAAAGUACAAAACAUAUUCCAAAACACUUAAAAGAAUUUGUUGAAUUUACAACACAUGAACAAGAUCAACAAUCAACAAAUGUGGAACAAUCCAGUCGUAGUAAUGGAAUAUGGUCACCUGGGCAGAGUCAACAAACGUCUGAAACGUUAUUAUCGGAAUCGAAAAAACAUUCAACAUCCGGACCAAUACCGCCACCAUUGCCGGAUCCACCAAAAUCUGGCAGUAGUGAACCUGCAGAAGUUGUAUGGACACCAAAAAGUGCUGGUACAAGUCCAACGGUUGAACGUAAAGAAUUUAGGCCCGUAAAUUUUGAAUCGCCAACAUUACCACGAAAAAAUCUACCUAAACCUGAGGUCUCCCAAAAUAAUAGCCAAAACGAACAAACAAUACCGCCUUGGGAAGAAAGCGAAUCAGCAGUAUCCACGUUAAGUUCUACAUUAGAACGACGGCUAACUUCAAGUCAGUCAGCACCAUUAACUGGUUUAAAUUCUUUGCAACAAAGUUCAAUUAGCAGUUCCCCUUCAACACGAUUACCACGGGCACAAAAUCCUACAAUUACACUUCUUCAAAAAGCAAGAGAAGGGCAAUUGCCUCGAGGUGCAUCGUAUAUAGAAGAUACUCGAAAAUCUCCACCACGAAAAGGAGAUGAUAGGCCUCCGUUAUUAAGUCCAGGUGAAAUUAUUUAUUCAGUAAGACACGAAUACACAAGUGAAUCGGAUUCAGAGAAGCCAAAAAAAAUGGUAGAUUUGGGUCCUAGAAAAUUUGAGGGAAUUGGACCAACAACAAAAGAUGGCAUGCCAAUUGUAUUGAGAUCUGAAGUGAAAGAAAAUAAUCAAGCAAAAUGGUAUAAAAGAAUGUAUGAAACAUUGCAUAAAACGAAGGAUGACGAUUAUGUUACAAUUCGAUACAAACAACGGAAAGGUCGGUAUCCCUACUCGUCAUCUGGAAGUGGAUAUUUAUCAGAACCAGAACCAAAUUCAGCACCAUAUAUUUAUGACAGCGAUUCAGCCUAUUCAGCAUCACGUUAUGCAACUUUAGAUCGUAGACGUCCACAAAUUAGUCGUGGCAAAGAAAAUUAUAACAAUAUGUCUUCCACAAUGCCAAGAAAUUUAAAUAAACAAUCAAUGUCGAUUACUUCCACAAACAAUUCUACAAUUAAGCAUGGUUCUGGUGUAUAUAAAAAUCAACCGGGUAGAAUUGAAAACUAUGUACCCGGACAUUCGUCAAUAUCGGAAAAAGAAGCGAAAGAGUGGUGGGACGAAGUCAUGGAUAUAUUUGAUGGGGGUUGCUUAGACAAGUGGUUAGAUGAUAAUUCACCGUUACCAAAUUACAGUAGGAUGCUUAAUGAAGCCAUCAGUCGAAGACACCUAGAACAACAAAAGCUUGUACCGCAACAUUCGAAAUCGUAUAUGUCCCAAGCCUUAAAAGAAUCGGGCUACGAGAGUGAUUCAACAUUAAUAUUCAAACGACGCGAUGAAACAUCUCAACAAUUGAGUCCACAAGAACAAAAAGAAGUGUACAAAUCAAUUCAACGCGGUGGUGAAGUACCCUUACAUGGACUACGAAAAACUGUACCAGAAAGACCCAAAGAACCUGAAUUGGUACCAAUUCCGCCGCCCAAAGGUCAACAUCAUUUCAAAGAUUUUGGUCCAGAAUCUCCACGCCGGUAUGUGGAGAACGAAGUGACCAUACAUUAUCGCAGUCCUGUACGUCAAGAAAUCAAGGAAGCAAUUGCAGAAGAAGAACUGGCGCGUCGACAAGCAGAGGCAAUGCGUCGUAUCUAUCAAGAAGAACGACGCAGAAAAUAUUUACAAGAAUUACACGAUAUGAAUAGCCGUCGACAUACCGAUAAUUUUACACCAUCACAAAAAUCACCAAUACAACUAAAUCGAUAUGACGAUUUCGAUGAGAUAUCACCAAAAUAUGUUGGAAUAAAAGCACCCCGUGAACGUACACCAGAUCGUACUCGUUUAGUGGCAAAAGCUUUGUUUAAUUUUGUUGGACAAACACCACGUGAAUUAACAUUUAAAAAAGGUGAUAUUAUUUAUGUGCGUCGACAAAUUGAUAAGAAUUGGUAUGAGGGUGAACAUAACGCGAUGAUUGGAUUGUUUCCCUUUAAUUAUGUUGAGAUAAUACCCAAUGAUGGUAUCAAAACAAUGAUUAAAAAACCACACGAAGGACAAGCGCGAGCUAAAUUCAAUUUUAUAGCUCAAACACAUUUAGAAUUAUCGUUAGCCAAGGGUGAAUUAGUUAUAUUAACACGACGUGUUGAUGAUAAUUGGUUUGAAGGGCGAGUUGGUAACAAAAAAGGAAUAUUCCCUGUAUCAUAUGUAGAAGUGUUACAAUAUCCUGGUGAAGAUUCAUCAAAACCAGUUGCAGCUCCUGCAGCGCAUUCAUUAUUAUUAAAUGGUUCAUCUGGUGGUAAGCAAUCAAUGGGAAGUCAUCAUUAUACACCACAAUUUCCUCCAUCCUCACCUGGGGCACCACAACAACAGCAACAUUCAAUACAAUCCUCCGUUAGUUAUCAUCAUGCGAAACCUGUGAAUGUUACACCUGUCGGUGGACAACAACCGUACGGUUCAUUAUCGAGAAAUGUUUCUAAUAAACCGGUUAAUGUGAAUCAAACUUUACAUAUUGAUACACAUUCGGAGCCAAUACCAUAUCGAGCUAUGUACAAAUAUCGACCACAAAAUGAAGAUGAAUUAGAAUUACUCGAAGGUGAUACCGUUUAUGUUCUAGAAAAAUGUGACGACGGUUGGUAUGUAGGUUCAAGUCAACGUACUGGAGCAUUUGGUACAUUUCCUGGCAAUUAUGUAGAACGAAUUCAAUAAUUAAAAUUAACGAAAAAAGAAAACUAAAAAAAACCAUUUCGAAUAUUUUUGUCAAUUAAUAAUUUAUAAACAAAAAAAUAUAUAAAAUACGACUAAAUUUAGAAGAAGAGAAAAAAAUAUAACGCGCACAUUAAAAUCUUCGAACAAAAUAAGAAAGUUUCGAAUCAAAUUUUCUCUCUAAAUUAUUUCACGUUUCCACAUUAUACUAGAAAUUCAUAUUAAUGUAGUUUAAUUAAUCAAAGAGAAAAUUUUCGUUUUUCAUAACCUUUUUUUUGAGAAAUAACCAAUAAAAUAUUUUAGCUAUAGAAAAAAUUUUUGCGAACAAAAAAAAAACACUAUUAAAACUAAUUUUAAUUAAAAGAAAUGUGUUAAAAAUUAACAAUAGUUAAUAUUUAAAAAUUUGUAUACACACGAGUUUUUUAACGGGUGCAUUCUAGUUAGAAUAAUUUAGAAAUAAUAUUAAUAUAAUAGUAACGGGCAUAUAGUAGCGUACACGUAAAAAAUAUUAUUCAGGCGAAAUUUUUCAUUUUGAAUCUUUUGGAAGAAUGAUUAAAAUGAGUGGAAAUUAAAAAAAAAACUAUUUAA